AUGUGUCUGCAGUUCGCGGCGGCGAAUCAGAUAUACACGGCUGUCUCGAAGAUUGCGGCGACGUCGCAUGAUGAGGGCAUGGUGAGGGAUGCGGUGGCAUUCUACAAUGCGCUGAUUGAUAGCGAAGAGGAGGAUUUUCUCGAAAACGACGUGUUUGCCGUGUCGCUUAUGAACUUCAUCAACCGCACGGUGGGCUCGGGGAGUAUGGGCGUGGGCGAAGAUAUCGAAGCGGAUAUUGUGGAGCUGCUGUUUGGCAUUGCGGCGAAGAUCCGAUUACAGCCUGAGAUUCUGCCGGUGUGGUUCACGACGGCGUCGUCGGACGAGAACGGGCGGCUGGUGAAUAAAAAGGUGGAUUUCGCGGGCGUCACGCAGAAGGAGGACUUCCCGUUGUGCUACCAGCUCAUUGAUCAUGUGCAUCAUGAGGGGCGUAUUGGGGACUUUGCGCGCACGGGGUUGUUGUACAUCUUCGAGUCGGCGUCGAAGUCGUUGACGUUGGAGGCGUGGAUUGUGAAUAGUGAUCUGCCUACGCUGAUGGCGACGGGUCUGGGAGCUCUCUACAGCCAGUUGAGCAGACACUUGCCGAUUAUCCUGUCGCUUUCCGACUACAGCGAAAUGCAGUCAAAUGCACAGGCGGAGAGCUUCUUCGGCGAAGACUUCCAGAACCAUUUGGUCACUUUCCUGUCGUAUCUCACCUUCUGGCAAGAUGUGCUCGAGCACUGCCGAUCGACUGAGGUCCGACAUACCUUGAUUGACCACUUCCAGAUUCUAUUCCUUCAACAGCUCUUAUACCCCUCGCUACUUGAGUCAUCCGAUGCUGAUGGUGGCUCCUCAGUGGCGGUACUCACAUAUCUCAGACGCAUUCUUGAUGCAUUAGAUCAUCCUGAACUUGUCAACAUGAUCCUUCAAUACCUACUCGCACUCAAAGACUACGCGUCAACGUCACCAGAAGCGCCACGAUCACCCGUUGCUAUCAAGCGAAGGCAGUCGCUGAUGCUUCUCAGUGGACCAGAUCAGGAUGACGAUCGCCUGAAUCCCUCAUUGUUCAAUCUAGUUGAUCUGGUACUGGGCAGCACUAGUUCACGUAACGCGCAGACAGUCAGUGCCGCGUUGAAACUGACUACGGUCAUAGUUGGCAAGAAUCAUGGGUACGCUCUCGGUUCCCUCGUCAAGGUCAUGCAUCUGCAUCACAAAGAGCACUACCGGACAAUCGGCUCGCUCAACAUCGAACUUGAAACGUAUCUAAACCUCGCUAUCAAUCUAGCGGGAGAAGAAGGCGUUGAUGAGGCAUAUGAAACCCAUCUCAAAGACAUGCAGAGCAUGCUAGAGAGUCAUCCAUGCUCUCUGAAAGCUAUUGCUCUGCCGGAUUCGUCACAUAAAACCCAAAACUACUUCGAUGGGUCCGAGUCUGCAGCGAAAGAAGUCGACCCGCAUUACCUCUUACCUGAAGAUCCGCUCUUCCAAUCCCUCGUCGAUCUGCUACUCAGCUUUCUCACGAACGAUAUUGAGACGAAUCUCGCACUCACAGAAACGAUCAUCUGUAUGGGAACAUGCUCUCAGCUGAGACUUGAGGGGUGGCUUGCUGUCGACCCGGCGGACUACCACUUUGAAGAGAUGGGAGAAGAACCCGAGCAGUUCACGAACGAGAACUUCCGCGACAUGCUCAUGGCAAACCGAAUCCCUACCUGGAAACCAUCAGCCACACCGCAACUGCUUGCGUGCCUACAACAGCUACAGGUUCAAGUUGAUUCUCUGAGAAGUGACAUCACAGAUUGGGAUGACCAUGUUGCGAACCGCAAAACCGCGUUCCAAUUCCACGAAGAGAUGCACGAUGCGAUGAAGAUGUCAACGCCACAGCAGAGGCCGACUCGAGCGCCAUCGGAGACCCAGACAGGAUCAUGGACUCCGCAGAUACCAAAACACGUGCUUGAUAACCCAACAACUCCAUCAAGAACGGGAUCCCCUCGAGGAAGGAAGGAGGCUUUGGCGGAGCAACGUGGCACGCCAGCAGCAUCGCCCGCGCCGUCGAAGUUUGGCGGACAGACACUUGUCGGAUCACCAUCGCGGACUUUAUCACCACUACCAGCCACUCAAGCCGCGAAAAGGCAGACGACGCUCUUCUCAGACAUUGAUGCAAAUUUUGCAGGUCUGCGACACAACGAGUUUCUCAAGAGACGCAUACGCUUCCGUCGCCCUGCUGGUUCACGGGAGAUUGAAGUCUUGCUUUCUAAGUACCAACCUCCGCCUAAGGACGAAAGCGAAGAUGCCGCUGCUGGAGCAGAGGAAGAAGUAGAACAAGAUGACAUUCGCGAAGCUAGCUUGUUGCACAUCAUCACAAACGUGGUUAUAUUGCAAGAGUUUGUAUUGGAGCUGGUGGCCCUGAUGCAGAUCCGAGCCAGCUUGUUUAACGAGGUCAAGUUUGCUUGA